AUGUCGAAGUUAAUUAAAUUGGAUUGUGGCGUCCAACACUAUGCGUGGGGAAAGGAAGCCGCGGAGAGUUAUGUCGCUAAAAUGAAAGGUGAGGGAAAUAAGGAGGGUAAGUAUGCGGAACUUUGGGUUGGAACGCACCCAAAUUGCCCAUCGAAAACGUUUUCUGGACAAAAUUUGGAUGACUUUCUAAAGAAUGACAACAACAUGUCACGAUUUGUCCAUCCCAAACAGCAAGCAGAUCCACGUUUCCGUGAUACUGUGCCAUUCCUACUCAAGUUACUGUCAGUGCAAACGGCUUUGUCUAUUCAAGCACACCCAAACAAACAAUUGGCGGAGAAACUCCACAGGGAGAAUCCCGAGAAAUACAAAGACCCCAACCAUAAACCAGAGUUAGUGGUGGCACUGACGCCUUUCGAAGCACUGUGUUGCUUUCGCCCGUUAAAAGACAUUCUCGAGUUCUUGGAAUCCGCGUCCCCGUUGAAAACUCUUUUGGGGCCCGCUGCCGAUGUGCUACCCGGAGAGGUCGAAGAUAGUGAAGCGAUCAAACAUAUGAUGGAUAUUGUUUACAAUACCGAUGCAAAGAAGCAUGCAGAGGCACUACAAGAACAUGCGGAGGAGCUGCGAAGUAGGGGUGGAGAAAUGACUAAAGAAGAUAGUGUUUUCUUACGUGUCCUUUAUCAAUAUCCCGACGAUAUGGGUUGUUGGAUGGUGUACUUCCUCAACUAUGUGCAAUUAGCACCAGGUGAGGGUCUUUUUUUGGCUGACAGUGAGCCUCAUGCCUAUCUGUUUGGAGAUAGUGUUGAAAUAAUGGCAUGCAGCGAUAAUGUUGUGCGGGCGGGGCUCACUCCAAAAUGGAAAGAUGUGCCCACCCUGUUGAGGAUGUUGCGUUACGGCACUGAUGGUCUUGAGCGUGCAAAAUUCGAGCGCUAUCGAGCCCCCGAGGGAUCAGAAUGGGAAUUGCAACAUUAUUCCCCACCCAGAGAGUUUCAAGACUUUUCUCUUUACCGCAUUGAACAUCGUGUGGAAAGGCAGGGACAAACACACAUAAAACUUCCAACGGUUGGGUUGGGAUUUUGCGUGGAAGGAUGUGGCAUUGUAAACGGGGAAAGAGUGCGUUUGGGUGAAUGUUUUCUCGUCCCUUAUGGUGACCUAAAGAUUGAGGCGUUUGGCGAUUUUCAGAUCUUUGUGGCAUCCAUGAAUUACUCUCUCCAUUCGGCAUCGCAUAUGUGA